UUCGCGGGGCUGCAGUGCAGGCAGCAAGAAAACUGAGUCUCAGCAGAUACCUGCAGAUCAGCUUCUGACCAGUACUGUGCUCUAUCUAAUGGGGGAAAUGGUGGCUUCAGCCCUUGCUCAGGAGGGCGUGAGCAGGCUGUCCUCGUACAUCUCAACCAAGCUCGAUGACAGGGCGUCCAGAGCACACACCGUCGCAAGGCUCGAGAUGGCACUCUCUCGCUUGGAGUUUGUCCUUGAAUGGUCCCGGAAGCAGUCAAUCACAUACGUCUCGCUGAUCCGUCGCUGGAACAAGUUUAGGUGCGCCUACAAUGAGGGAGUAUAUCUACUGAACAAGCACAAGCUGCCGGCGCUCGAAGGCCAUGAAGAAACUAGUGGGCAAGUGGUGGUAACGCGUUCCUCCUCCUUUCUUGGACGGAUUAUUGCUAGUGCUGCGAACUUCUCCAUCUCAUCGCUUGCUGGCCUGAACAAGCAGUGCUUGAGCUCCAACGUUGUCCAAAUCAUUGAGGUGUACGCAGAUAGUGUUGGUGAGUUUGUAGCGGACGUGGAGUCCGCCUGCCCACUCUGGCGCAACACUUUCUUCCCCUACCCAUUUGUCAGGCAACUUCUUCAAGGGAAAUAUCUCAGCUAUAACAAGGUGAAAGGAAGCCAAAAGCAACAUUUUAUUAUAUCUCCUGUGAUUUUGGAAGUCCGUGGCAUAGAGGCGCUGCUAUGGUAUGAGUAUUUCGAUCAUGAAAGGUUAGGUAAAAGUUUAUGUCUAGGCUUAGUGCUACGGCUGUCGGAAAGCACGGACAUAGUUGGGGCAGCUAUAGAUUGCUUGCAGUCUUCCGCAUCACUGCUCAAUCUUGUGGAUCAAGAUGCAGUAAUGGGAGAGCUCACCCAGGUGCCUAAUUUACAGGACAUUAUAGAUUCGUUAGCAGGCCGCCGCCCUCCUUCCUCGCAGCAGCGGCGCCCCGCCGCCCGCCGGCCUCCUUCCUCUCGGCAGCGUCGUUCCUCCUUCCUCUCGGCAGGUGCGCUCGCGGGGCUCUUCAAGAAGGCCUUCGAGCUCUCGCUGCUCUGCGACGCCGAGGUCGUGCUCCUCGUCUUCUCCCCCGCCGGCAAGCUCUACGAGAUUCAUCCAGGAUACAAAAUGAUUGAUGCUGACGGUAAUAGUGACAGGCUGAGAUCAAUGAUGUUUAUCAAACAAAUAUUCAGAUCCAUGUGGUGCCUAUUUUGAUCAUUUACUAAAACAAUAUGUGGUGUGUUGAAAGCUUGAACUCGGUAAUGUAAUGAUGUAUUUGACUACUGAGACUUUGGGCUUCGUUUGUACUUUGUAAUCCAUGUCUGAAUGCUAUGGCUUUGGAGGUAUUUUGAUUUGCAAGAAGGAUUUUUCUUGAGGCUUGCAUAUGCUUUGGAGGUA